AUGACUGGCUCCAUCGGUCCAUGCGACGACAAGAACAAGAGUAUCUUGCCGCAGCAACAACCAUGCAUGCCUCGUGAGCAAGACCAGUACAUGCCAAUCGCAAACGUGAUAAGGAUCAUGCGUAGAAUCUUACCGCCACACGCCAAAAUCUCUGACGACGCCAAAGAAACGAUUCAAGAAUGCGUCUCCGAGUACAUCAGCUUCGUGACUGGUGAAGCUAACGAGCGUUGCCAACGUGAGCAACGUAAGACAAUAACUGCUGAAGAUAUCCUUUGGGCGAUGAGCAAGCUAGGGUUUGAUGAUUACGUUGGACCACUCAACGUGUUCAUUAACAGGUACCGUGAGUUUGAGACUGAUCGUGGGUGUUCACUUAGAGGUGAGUCGUCAUCGUUUAAACCGGUUUAUGGAGGAAGUGGUAUGGGGUUUCAUGGCCCACCCCCACCGGGUCCUUAUGGUUAUGGUAUGUUGGAUCAGUCUGUGGUUAUGGGUGGUGGUCGGUAUUACCAAAACGGAUCGGGUCAGGAUGGAUCCGGUGGUGGUGGUGGUGGAUCUUCAUCUUCGAUGAAUGGGAUGCCAGUUUAUGACCCUUAUGGUCAGUUUAAAUGA